AUGAUUCGCCGACUAACCCCCGAUGUCAUCAAAAAGUAUGAUGACAUCAUCGCCGAGCAACGACGUCGUGAUUUCAUCGAAGAAGUUAACGAAGACGAUACAAGUAUCGGACACUAUUUACCGCAUAUAGCGGUAAAAAGGGACUCGGCAACUACACCCAUUAGAAUUGUGUAUGACUGCAGUUGUAGUCAGGGUGCUAGCUUUCCGAGCUUGAAUGACUGUCUACAAACCGGCCCAUCGUUGAUAAAUGACCUACCAUCCAUUCUAUUACAAUUUCGCUCAAAUAACAUUGCAUUAACGAGUGACAUUGAAAAGGCCUUUCUGAAUGUUAGAUUGGAAGAAGACGAGAGGAAAUUCACGAAAUUUCUGUGGCUGUUAGACGCGUCUGACCCAGAAGGUAAAUUCAUAACAUUACAAUUUAAAACAGUAUUGUUUGGCGCUGUUUGCUCGCCGUUUAUCUUAAAUGCGGUUAUAAAAACGCAUUUAGACGCCAACAACACACUUUCUACAGCCAAAAUAUUAAAGAACAAUAUUUAUGUUGAUAAUGUGAUCGAUGGUGUUGAUACUACGGAAAAUGCCAUAAAAUACUAUAAAGAAGCCAACAAGCUAAUGACGACGAGCGGAUUUAAACUCAGGGCGUGGUCUUCUAAUUGUGAACAAUUGAACGAACUUUCCAAACGCGACAACCUCAAUGAGCCCGCCGAAACUGUGUCUGUUUUGGGAAUGCGAUGGUCGACAAAAUCGGAUAAGUUGACCUACCCCAAAGUUAAUAAUGUACCGCUAUUAACUGAUCUUAUUACGAAACGCGACGUUGUCAGUUUCACUUCCGCGUUAUACGACCCGAUUGGUUACCUAACUCCAGUCCACGUUAAAGCCCGGUUAUUCAUACAGUUGUUAUGGAAACUCGAACUAGGCUGGGACGAACCGCUUAACUCAGACCUAUGUUCGAUGUGGAUGCAUAUUGCUGAGGAUCUAAACGGUGCAAGAAGUCUUUUUGAG